ACACCAUACUCCUACUUAAAUACAUCGAUGCAUUAUCUCCAGCUCCACACCAUUCCCACUCAAAUCACAAUUUGAUCACCACCAACACACUGCCAACCAAACACAAAAAGACAUGUCUCUUCUCGUUUUCUUCCUCUUCACCAUCCUUGUCUUUUCAAGUUCAUCUUGCUCCGCGACUCGGUUCCAGCAUCAGCAUAGGUACAUGCAGAGGAAAAUAACGCUAGACUUGCCAAGCAAGAUUGGCAUCAACUACGGUAGACAAGGAAACAACCUUCCAUCUCCAUACCAAUCCAUCAAUUUCAUCAAAUCUAUCAAAGCUGGUCAUGUCAAGCUCUACGACGCGGAUCCAGAGAGUCUAACACUCCUCUCUCAAACCAAUCUUUACGUCACCAUAACCGUUCCAAACCACCUAAUCACUUCCAUCAGCACCAACCAAACCACAGCUGAAGAUUGGGUCCAAACCAACAUCAUCCCUUACUACCCACAAACCCAUAUCCGAUUUGUCCUUGUCGGAAACGAAAUCCUCUCCGUCGAAGACAGAAUGAACAUAACAGCAAGCGUCGUACCGGCCAUGCGCAAAAUAGUGACUUCUCUAAGAGCACAUGGCAUUCACAACAUCAAAGUCGGGACAGCUUUAGAUAUGGAUUCUCUCCGAUCAACGUUUCCGCCGUCGAACUCAACUUUCCGGGAAGAUAUCGCCGAAUCGUUGAUGUUUCCGUUGCUAAAGUUUCUCAACGGAACGAACUCUUACUUCUUUAUCAACCUUCAUCCUUACUUGCGUUGGUCAAGAAACCCUAUGAACACGAGUUUGGAUUAUGCUCUGUUUCAAGGAAACUCAACUUAUACCGAUCCUCAAACCGGUUUGGUUUACCGUAAUCUUCUAGACCAAAUGUUGGAUUCGGUUAUCUUCGCCAUGACCAAACUCGGUUACCCACACAUUCGCGUCGCAAUUUCCGAAACCGGAUGGCCUAACUCCGGGGACAUCGACGAAACCGGCGCCAACAUACUCAAUGCAGCGACGUAUAACCGGAAUUUGAUCAAGAAGAUGACCGCAAUUCCACCAAUCGGUACACCAGCUAGACCCGGUUUAGCUAUACCGACAUUUGUUUUCUCCUUGUUCGACGAAAACCAUAAAUCCGGUUCGGGAACACAGAGACAUUAUGGAAUCCUGCAUCCGAACGGGACACCGAUCUACGAAAUUGAUUUCACGGGUUCAAAACCCUUAACCAGAUUCAACCCAUUGCCUAAACCGACGAACAAUGUUCCAUACAAGGGUAUAGUGUGGUGCGUACCGGUGGAGGGAGCUAGCGAGGCUCAGCUAGAGGAAGCUUUGAGGAUGGCUUGCGGCCGAGGCAACACGACGUGUGCGGCUUUGGCUCCGGGAAGAGAAUGUUACGAGCCGGUCACUGUUUAUUGGCAUGCAAGCUAUGCGGUUAGCUCGUACUGGGCUGAGUUUCGUACCGAUAACGUUAGAUGUUACUUCAAUGGACUGGCUCGAAUGACCACGGUCAACCCUGGACAUGAUCGCUGCAAGUUUCCAGGCGUUACUCUUUGAGAAAAAGAAGACUGAAAGAGAUUGAAGAAUGAUUAAGGCUGCAUUAUUCGUAUUUAUCCAAUGUUGUUUCUGCCUUUUAUAUUGUUUCGUAAUGUCGAAAAAAACAAAUAAUUAAUAAUUUUUAACAAAAAGUAAAGAUCA